GUUGGCAAGUCAUGGGUAUUCAUUUUUGAGAAAAAGAAUAGAAAAAGGCGGGUUCUUUUAUUAUUAUUAUUAUACUAAAUGCUAUUGAUCUAGAAUAGAAAAGAUUCUAGGGUUAGGGUUUUACUCUCUGAUUUGGGAGAUCUACAGAGCCAGAUUCAACAAUGUCGACGACAGCGUUCUCCGGUGGCUAUGGCACCAUGCCCACCACCAAGACCGGCCACGGCCAAGCAUCUUCAUCAUCAUCGACCUCCUGCGACAUCUCAUUCAUCGCCAGAGCGAAGCAGACAACUCAGUCCGUUAUCGCCACGCUCCGUCCCUGGCACGAGCUCUUCCAAUUCUCCUCAUUUUCUCGUCCCGAUAGCUACGCCGCGGCCAUGGAACGUGUCAGAUGGAAUAUCAGCUAUUUCAGGAUGAAUUACGCAAUGGCCGUGCUUGCAAUCGUCUUCCUCAGCCUCCUGUGGCACCCUGUUUCCAUGAUCGUCUUCUUGAUAGUCUUCGUUGGCUGGUUCUUUCUCUACUUCUUCAACGACGGUCCGGUGGUGGUGUACGGUCGGACGAUCGAUGACAAAAUUGUGUUGACUCUUCUGAGCGUGGUGACGAUUCUUGCACUUGUGCUCACUCAUGUGGGUCUGAACCUAUUGGUGUCGUUGAUUAUUGGGGUUGUCUUAGUUGGUUUACACGCUGCGUUUCGAGCCACGAACGACUUGUAUCUCGCUGAUGAUAGCGCCGCCGAAGGUGGGUUGUUAUCGGUCGUCGGAAGCCAACCGAUGCGAUCGAGUUAUGCUCCAAUUUGAAUCUUUUCAUUAGUUCCUCUUUCCAUAUCGGUAUGCUUCGAAAUUUGAGUGUAGAAGAUCAGAUAAUUCAAUCCAAAACCCAUCUCAGAGAAGAAGAUUAGAUCUUGGGUAUUGACAGUUCGAGCUUGGUGAUCAGAUUUGAUUUGUUGUAUUAUAUGAUAAAUGUUUUUUCCAGAUUAUUUCAAUCAAUUGAGACAACGAGUGUUUGAAUCUGUGUUCAUAACGGUUUGCUGUUAAUUCAAAAUUUUCGGUUCAAUCAA